GGUGGACUACUGUCACUCUAGAGGAGCUCUGAGAGAAUCUAAACAUGGAUGCAGUGAUGGAUACAUUGCACGGGUUUGGUGUGAGCAGCACACAGUACCUUCAGACUCAUUACAAAGAUGCCCAAGGAUGGUUUCUUUUCGUCUCAUUCGCCGCAGAUCUGAGGAACACCUUCUUCAUCUUCUUUCCCAUCUGGUUCCAUCUGAAAGAGUCAGUGGGCAUCAAGCUUAUCUGGGUGGCUGUGAUAGGAGAUUGGCUUAAUUUAGUCUUCAAAUGGAUCCUCUUUGGAGAACGUCCAUACUGGUGGGUCCAUGAGACGUCUUACUAUAUGAACAGCUCAGCGCCUCUUAUUGAACAGUAUCCCAUGACCUGUGAGACAGGCCCAGGUAGCCCUUCAGGUCAUGCUAUGGGCGCUGCUGGUGUUUACUACACACUGGUCACCUCCAUCCUCGCCAUAAUGCUGAGCAAAGCGAAGAAAUCAUCAUCCAAUAGCCUAUACUUGCGUGGCUCACUUUGGACACUAUUCUGGACGGUCCAGAUCUGUGUUUGUCUCUCUCGGGUCUUCAUCGCCGCUCAUUUCCCACAUCAAGUUUUCGCUGGAGUUAUUUCAGGCAUGAUUGUUGCCGAGGCUUUUAACAGACAGAAAUGGAUCUACAGUGCGAGUCUAAAGAAUUACUUCAACGUCACGCUCUUCCUGCUCUCGUUCGCCGUGGGUCUGUACGUCCUCCUGAAGGCUCUCGGUGUGGAUCUACUCUGGACUCUUGAGAAAGCCCAGAAAUGGUGCGCCAAUCCCGCUUGGGUUCAUCUGGACACCACACCAUUCGCCAGCCUGCUGAGGAACAUGGGCACCCUGUUCGGUCUGGGUCUCGGUCUUCAUUCACCGCUAUACACAGAAAGCAAGAAAAGCAGCAGCGUUGUUGUCAGGAUCACCUGUAUCAUCUCAUCUCUGCUUCUGCUGCAUCUCUUUGACUCCAUCAAACCUCCAACGCACACGGCUGCUCUUUUCUACCUCCUGUCCUUCUGCAAAAGUGCCACCGUUCCCCUCGCCACGGUCAGCAUCAUCCCGUACUGUUUAUCCGGAGCCCUCGGGUUACAGAGCAAAAAACAGCUUUAGGCUUGAAAUGAACUGUAUUAAGACUCUAAACGUUCACACUAGCAUCUGUUCAAUAGUGCAUCCCACACUGCAAAAAAUGCUGCAAAAAUGUCUUGUUUCUGGUCCAAAUAUCUAAAAAUUUUUACAUCAAGAAGCAUUUUCUAGACAUGCAGAUUAAAUUGUCUUGGUUUAAGAAAUAAUAUGGCAAAAUUAAGCAAGUUUUUCUUUAAAAUAACACUGUAAACCCAAAAAGUUAAGGUAGCUCAAACCAUUUGAGGAAACCGAUUGCAACAAACCAUUUAAGUUCAAAAACUAAUCCUAAUGAUUGCUGUGAACUUAAUCCAUUUGAGUAAACGAUGCAAUUUGAGCACAGUAAAACCCAAUAAAUGAAGAGAACUCAAACAAACUGAGUACUGUGAAGCCCAAUAAGUUAAGGCAACUCAAACCAUUUGAGAAAACCGAUUGCUACAAACCAUUUGAGUUAAAAAACUAAUCUAUAUGAGUACUGUGAACUUACUCUAUUUAAGUUGAAGUAAUGAAGUAUUUAAUUAACUCAUUACCUUCAACACUAAGUUCAAAACUCUUUUCAAAUGAGUAGAAUUAGCUUUCAGUCAAUUUUGAGUAAACUACACUCAUUUCAUUUGAUAAAGUUGACUGUUGAGUUUUACAGUGAAGCAAAAAUAAUCAACCAAUGGGAUAAGCUAAAUAAUCUCGUUUUUCCUUUUGACAAGAUUAUUUUGCUUACACCAUUGGCAGAUUAUUUUGCUUAAAGGAAAAACUCACUUAAUUUCGACAUAUUACUUCUGAAAACAAGACAAUAUGUUUCGCUUGUCUAGAAAAUGCUUAUUCAUUGAAGAAUUUUUAGAUAUUUGGACUAGAAAUGAGACAAAAGCAUUUAAUGCAGUGGAUUAGUCAAAAGAACACUGUGUUUUAUAACUACGGGAUGCAGAUAAACUAGAUUUUAAAUUAUGCACUGUUAUUGCAUGUAUUGUUUUAGGAUUUUUAUAUAUUAGUGCCUUUGGAUCUGCAUGAAAAGGUCUGGCAUUUAAUGGAAGAAGUGUUAAGUUCUUUUUUGAGAACUGAAAUUGUGAACCUAUACAUAGGAGGACAGGUUUUGCCGUGUACUUUAGUUUUUUUGGAUGCAUUUUCUGUAAUAUAAACUAUUUUUUAGAAAAAUUCUUUAGGUCAUUUUUAAUAAAAAGCUGAAAAUGA